AUGCUCAGCGCCGCCAUUCGGAGGCGAAUCCUCGCCCCAACUCACAAUGCUCUCCGCACCGGCUUCGCCUCUCAUAUUGUGAGAUACUAUGCCUCUUUUCCCGACCACCAGGUUGUCAAGAUGCCUGCCCUCUCUCCGACCAUGCAGGCCGGCAAUAUUGGUUCUUGGCAGAAGAAGGCUGGCGAUUCCAUCGCCCCUGGUGAUGUCCUGGUAGAGAUUGAGACCGACAAGGCCCAGAUGGACUUUGAAUUCCAAGAGGAGGGUGUAAUUGCCAAGAUUCUGAAAGAAUCCGGCGAGAAGGAUGUCGCGGUUGGCAGCCCUAUCGCCAUCCUUGUUGAGGAGGGAACCGAUAUCUCAGCCUUCGAAAAGUUCACCCUGGAGGAUGCCGGUGGCAAUGCCCAGCCAGCUCAGCCUAAGCAGGAAGAAAAGUCCGAAUCGCAACCCGCCCCGUCAUCAGCCCCUGCGACCUCCGCCGAGCCAGAGCAAUACUCAUCCGAGGGCAAGCUUGAGACUGCUCUUGACCGUGAGCCCAACGUCGCCCCUGCCGCUAAACGACUUGCGCGCGAAAAUGGUAUCAGCCUGGACGGAGUCAAGGGGACCGGAAAGGGCGGCAAGAUUACAGAGGAGGAUGUAAAGAAGGCUAUCAGCAGUCCCGCUGUAGCAUCUCCUGCCGCCACAUUCGAGGAUAUUCCCCUGAGUAACAUGCGCAAGACCAUCGCCAGCCGUCUUCAGGAGUCAGUCCAGAAGAACCCACACUUCUUUGUGACCAGCUCCCUCUCCGUCACCAAACUGCUGAAACUCCGACAGGCGUUGAACAGCUCUUCCGAGGGCAAGUACAAGCUCUCUGUCAAUGACUUCCUUAUCAAGGCUAUUGCUGCGGCCAGCAAAAAGGUUCCUGCUGUCAACUCCAGCUGGCGAGAGGGAUCCAUCCGCCAGUUCAACACUGUUGACGUGUCCGUUGCUGUUUCCACCCCGACGGGCUUGAUCACGCCAAUUGUCACUGGCGUAGAUGCCCGCGGCCUCGAAUCCAUUUCUGGGAAGGUCAAGGAGCUGGCUAAGAAAGCUCGCGACAACAAGCUCAAGCCUGAGGAAUACCAGGGCGGUACCAUCUCCAUUUCCAACAUGGGAAUGAACGCUGCUGUCGAUCACUUUACUGCUGUAAUCAAUCCCCCUCAAGCUGCUAUUCUCGCCGUUGGUACCACCAAGAAGGUUGCCGUGCCCGUGGAGAACGAGGAUGGCACCACCGGCGUCGAGUGGGAUGACCAGAUCACCGUCACUGCCAGCUUCGACCACAAGGUCGUUGAUGGCGCUGUCGGUGCCGAGUGGAUCCGUGAGUUCAAAAAGGUCAUUGAGAACCCUCUUGAGCUGCUUCUAUGA